AUGUCCGGCAUUAGUAAUCCGACAACUUUCUUCGGUGAAACCGAUGUGAACAGAGUUUCAUUCUUGAGAUCGGAUCCAGAAUUCGUCAGAUCUGCAUUAUCUGACAAAUCCAGUAUAUUCGUUCCUUUCAUCAGUGGUGAAGCCUUAAUGGAAGGUAAGGACUUGUUAACAAUAAACUUGGGCGCACAUGAAGAAUUACAAACCAUUAUCCAUAAAUUGUUGCCUCUGCUUAACACAAAAGAAAUAAGAAUUGAUGCCUCAGGUGUCGGUUUAACUUUCCUUGGUUUGAAAGAAACAUUAGAUUCCUCCUUCGAAUAUAAGUCUACUUAUAAAGGAACACCAUAUUUUGGUAUUAAUUUUGAAUUGAAUGAUGAUACCACUUUGAUAAAAUUGCAAGAUAUUUCAUUACUUUCACAAUAUCGUAAAGUUGGUAGAGAAGAUAUAUUCAAGUUAUCAAAUGAUGUUGCUUCUUUAUAUUCUCAUGCCAAGAUGUAUUUGGAUUGGUUAUCCAAAUAUAAAUUCUGUCCAGGAUGUGGGUCUGUCGUAUAUCCUAUAGAUGCAGGUACCAAAUUACAAUGUAGUAAUGAAGAUACUUCCAUUCGUUGUAACGUUAGAGACGCGAACGUUAAUAACGUAUGUUUCCCUAGAACUGAUCCAGUGGUUAUUGUAGCCAUGACAUCAAGAGAUUUCAGUAAGAUUUGUUUAGCAAGAUCAAGAAGAAGGUAUGGUGAUUUCAUUAUGUAUUCUACCAUUGCUGGAUUUAUGGAACCUGCAGAAACUGUAGAAAAUGCCUGUACAAGGGAAAUUUGGGAAGAAACUGGUAUUAGAUGUAAUGAAAUAUCAAUGAUUUGUACUCAACCAUGGCCAUAUCCUGUCAAUCUAAUGAUUGGAUGUUUGGGUAUAGUAGAUUUUAAUGGUAUAAAUGAAAAAAUUAGUUUGGACCAUGAUGCAGAGUUGUUAGAUGCACAAUGGUUCGAUACGGAGGAAGUUACUCAAUACUUGGAUAAAUAUACCGGAGGGUCAUUGCUAAACUUUAAGGAUGGUAUUGUGUUACCUGGUGAAACUGCUGUUGCGUACCAAUUAAUAAGUUAUGUUUGUGGGAAGUUCAAAAAAGCAAAUGACUCAAAGUUGUGA